UGCCAGAGGAAGGGGCGGGGUUUGGCGGAGGCCGGCGAACGGCCUAGGGAGGAAAACAAGUGCGGGCAACAUGGCGGACAAAUUCGCUCGCUUCAACGAGGACCGGGACUUCCAGGGGAAUCACUUUGAUCAAUAUGAAGAAGGACAUCUGGAGAUUGAACAGGCAUCCUUGGACAAGCCCAUAGAAUCGGACAACAUUGGACAUCGUUUGCUUCAGAAACAUGGGUGGAAGCUUGGGCAAGGAUUGGGAAAGUCUCUUCAGGGAAGGACGGAUCCCAUUCCUAUUAUUGUCAAGUAUGAUGUCAUGGGUAUGGGUCGGAUGGAAAUGGAGCUUGAUUACGCAGAUGAUGCAACAGAGCGGCGCCGUGUCAUGGAAGUGGAGAAACAAGAUACUGAAGAACUCAGGCAAAAGUAUAAGGACUAUGCUGAAAAGGAAAAGGCAAUUGCAAAAGCUUUAGAAGACCUGAGAGCAAAUUUUUACUGUGAAUUGUGUGAUAAGCAGUACCAAAAACAUCAUGAGUUUGACAACCACAUCAAUUCCUACGACCAUGCUCAUAAGCAGAGAUUAAAAGACUUAAAACAGAGAGAAUUUGCUCGAAAUGUUGCCUCAAGAUCACGGAAAGACGAGAAAAAGCAGGAGCGGGCACUUCGGCGCCUCCAUGAGCUUGCAGAACUGCGUAAACAGCAGGAAUGUGCCCCAGGAAGUGGUCCAAUGUUUAAAACUACCACAGUGGCCAUUGAUGAAGACGAUGAUGACAGAAAUGUUGUCGACACAGAUGAAAGUACUGGAGGAAAGACGAGCGGUCCCACAUCACCAUCUGUUAACAGGACUGUGCCUGACAACACAGUGGAAGAUUACAGAGAAGAGGAUGAGAACAUAAGCCAUUGUAUUACUGGAAACUCAGCAGGGUUGGAUCAAAACAACCAACCAGUCCAACCCUUUAACAUCGCUCAGCUUAAGAACAAUUCUGGCACUCCCUUACAGAAGCUGGGAGUGUCAUUUUCUUUUGCGAAAAAGGCAGCCGUCAAGCUUGACGUUUCAGCGUCAGUAUUCAGUGAUGUUGCAGAAGAGCCCAGUGAAUCUGAAGCAGCAAGCCCUGAAGAGAAUGUGUCCUCUGGUCAAGUGCUACCCAAGGCAAUGGAGGUCGAAACUCCAGUAGUCCCUGAUAAGGUUGAAGCAGCUAGUCCAUCCGAAAGCGAAAAUGACUCCAUAAAUAAUACACUAUCAAAAUUGAAAAAGAUGAUGGGGAAAGAGGAUGAUGCCUGUCAGUCAGAACCAGAGUAUUAUCACUACAUUCCUCCGGCACAUUGUAAAGUGAAGCCCAACUUUCCAUUUCUGUUGUUUAUGAAAGCAACAGAAGAGUUGCACAGAUGUGAUAGUAAGAAAACCUUAGAAACCACAAAAAAUGACCCUGAUUUACAAACUACUUUGAGGUUUCAGGAAAGCAGUGAGGAGCUAGAGAAAAAUGAGACUCCUGCUUUACAACAGAGCAGUGACACUGUGGAUGGUGGUCCCGACCUAGAGCCCGACCCCAAAGAAGACAAGUCUCCUGAAGCUGUAAGCAAACAGAACUGCAGCAACACGCCAUCAAAACCUAGUGCUUGUGAGGAAGGAAAAUCAAGUAAACAUUUAGUAAACAAAGAAAUCCUCACCGGACCCAAACAGCUAACGGGGCCAUUUUUCCCCGUCUUGGGUAAAGAUGACAGUACUACUCUUCAGUGGCCCUCAGAGUUGUUGAUGGUUACAAAGAGUGAGCCAUGCAUCUCUUAUAGUUGCAAUCCACUCUACUUUGAAUUUAAACUGACCAGGAAUAGGGAUACCAAAGGUAAAAACAAAGAGAGAUGCCAGGAGAAUGUGCAUGAACGUAAUGCACAAAGUACUGGUCAGGAGUCGCAGGAGAUAAUGAACAUAAACACCAGUAAAGCUCCAUCAAAGACGGUAGGAGCUGAGAGUGACGUCAAGCCUCUAGACCAGCCUCCCCUGACUGUAAGCAAAGGUGAAGCCCAAAUUGGAGAAAAUGACAAAAGUACCAAUAAGAAAGACAAGGGUGCGAAGUCGCAUAAGCAUAAAAAGAAAAAGAAGCACAAGAAAUCAGGAAAACAUUUGAAGGAAAAAGCCGGUGAGGAAAAGGAAAAGCCAAAGGAUGGUGAAACGCACGCAGAGACAUCAAAAAAAAAAAGAAAAAAGCGUAAACACAAAAGCAAAAACCUAGAUGAGAAAAGCAAAGAGACUGGUUUAGAACUCUCUGUUGCGAUGGCCGCAACUAAGUCUACAGAGGAGAGCAGCAGCACGCAGAAGAAAAGGCGCAGGUCACAAGAUUGUCAGCAUUCAGCUGCCGCUGUCGAAGACGCGAGUAAAAAGGCAGAUGUCUCUGAGGAACCUGUGAGUAAAAAACAGAAGACUGGAUCUGGUAGCGAGCUAAAGAAACGGACGUCUGGUCGGAAAGAUAGCCGAAGCAGGCACAGAAGCCGGGAGAGCAGUCGAGAUGAAGAGUCUGACAGCUACGAUGAAUCUCAUGCAAAACGAUCCAGGCAAAAGUCAUCCUCUCACUACAGUGAUGAAUAUGAUUCAAGAAGUGAGAGAAGCUACCCCAGAAGAUCAAGAAGGCAUCGCUCAUCAUCCCAGCGGUCAUCUCAUAGGUCAUAUUCUUCUGGAUCUGAUGUAUCCUCGGACUGCAGUAGAUACAGUCGGAGAAGAAGCUAUUCUGACAGUUACAGUGACUACAGUGGUAGAUCAAAUCACUCUAAACGAUCACAUGGUUCAGAUUAUGACUACAGAAGGUCAAGGCACCGUGAGAAAAAGCAUAAAUAUUCCUCUUCGGAUGAUGACUAUCGGCGGAACAGGAGCAGAUCCCGGAGUAGCAGCAGAGAAAGUGCUCGGACCCGCAGCCGGAGCCGAACUCGGAGCAGCAGUCACAGCAGGAGCCGGAGCAAGCGGCGCAGUCAUAGCACCACGCAGCGGGUCUGGAAGAGGAGCCGGAGCUACAGCCACACGCGCCGGGACAGCGGGCGGCACCGCACCUCCCGGAGGUCCGUGUCCAGGGAUAAAGGAUCGCACAGCCACGACAGCUCUGGCGAUCGUCGGUCCAGUCGGCGAACCUCCAGCAGGUCUUUCUCGAGGGAUCGGGUAUAUCGAUCAAAAUCUCCCUGUUACAGCAGGGGCAGAAUGCAGGGCAAAAAAGAUGACUAUUCGAAAAAAGAGGAAAACAUAGGAGAUGGGACAAAAUCAGGUAGUUUGUUCCACAAAAGUCUCGGUGGCACUUCAAGCAGUACGGGAAAGGUGCACUCAGAGAGCGAACGCACGCCAGAAGAAAGGAACUCGUUAACAGCUAAGCAACUGUUGGAAAAAAUCCAGUCUAGAAGGUUUGAAAAGAAAACCGAAUCAAGUAAUGAGACUGCAUCGACAUAUAAUAAAGUAGGAAUUAAAUUGAAAGAUCCCCCACAGGGUUAUUUUGGGCCUAAACUUCCCCCAGCUCUGGGCAAUAAGGCAAUGCUUCCUUUGAUAGGAAAACUCCCUACAGUCAAAAAGCCCGCAAUGAAGAAGUUGGAAGAUCUUUGCACAGAGAAGGGGGGCAAAGAAGAGGAGCUGUACUUAGCAGAGCCUAAAGAAGUGGCAAAGGAGGAAGUCAGUCAGGUGUGGAUAAUGCAGGAAGAGAAUCCAAGUAGAGAAGACAAGUCUGACAGUGAAGAAACGUUGGGUGUAACUGAACAAAUCCAAACCAUUUCUGGUGAAACUCAGUUUGAUCAGGUCAUCUCAGAAUCUUAUAUUGCUGAUGUGAGCACACCAACCGAAGUGAUCACGACACCUGCGGAAGUGGGACCACCCGACGCGGAUGAAGCGGUUAUGAUGCAUUUUGCACCAGAUCCAGAACCGUUCUCCAAUUAUAUUCCAGAAGCUGAAGUCACAGAGAUUGAAGAGGAUUCCCAAGAAGAUGUAGAUUCAACAGUGGCUCCAUUUGACAGACAGCCCAUAACAUUCACUCCUGAAGAAAUGGAGAAAUACAGCAAAUUGCAGCAGGCAGCUCAACAGCACAUCCAACAGCAGCUUCUAGCAAAACAAGUGAAGUCUUUCCCUACCUCGACUGCCAUUGUUCCUGCCCCAACUCUCCAGCAGUUCCACAUCCAGCAGCCUUCAGCAGCGGCGACAGCGACCUCAAUCACCACUGUCCACCACGCUAUAUUGCAGCAUCAAGCCGCUGCCGCCGCGGCCAUGGGCAUGCACGCACACGCACACCCCCAGACCCUUGCUCAGAUCCACCACAUACCCCAGCCUCACCUAACCCCAAUCUCUCUGUCCCAGUUAACGCCAUCCAUUUACCCUGGCCACCCUGCCACGUUUCUAACGAGCCACCCAAUACACAUAAUACCUGCAUCGGCCCUCCACGGCGGUCCCCUGGCCCUUCACCCAGUCCCACACGCACUCUACCCAGCCUUGUUUGCCCCCCGACCUGCAGGAGCGGGUGCUUCAGCUCUUCAUCUCCAUCCUUUCCUCCACCCUAUCUUUUCAAGUCAGGAACUCCAGCAUCCUCCCAGUCAUGGCACUUGAAGCAAGCUGCAGGGAAUGAAAAUAAUGACAUCUGUCUUCAUUUCACUAAGUCGAUUAACAGUUAGUCUGGUGCGAAGAUACUACAUUGGUGCAUUUCAGACUGAUUUUUUUUUUCCAACAGCCAAAGAGUUCAGGCUCAGGCCCGAGAAUAUAUUGCAUUUUCUGUGCUUGUAAUAUCAGGGAUUUCCAUUUUCUUUAUAGAAGCAAGUAUUCAAAUGAAAUAUGUGGAUGUCCCAAAACUCAUCAGUGCAUUACUCAAAAAAAAAAGCAAGGUUGAAUAACUUAAUUAUUAAUGACAAAGUGCACCAAUAUUAUAUUCAGUGAUUUAGCCUCCUUAUCCCAUUGCUCGCUCCCACCAUAACACAGAGAGAAAUGCCUAUAUUUGUCAAUCUGUCUAAUUCUGUAGAAUCCUUGUGAUGUGCAUACUGAUAUGAUGAUGGAAGAAACUUGUGUGAUGCAAGGGUCCUUGUAAAGGAUGUUGAGACUGAGGAUCCCAUAACUUCUGAUCAGUGGCUGUGAAGUAUAACGAUGAAGGCUCUACAUGGUCUGUAUACUGAUGAUCGUAAAGUAAAUGGUACCCCUGGAGGUCCUACCUCGAGUGGCAUGCCAAAGAAAUUUGGGCAUGCAAAGCUGGAGAGUCAAGAUGUGGAAAAUGCAGCACAAAGUUUGAAUUGUGAACGAGAGGAAGCAGACUUUGGGGCCCUCAUGUAUUGAAACAAGACUGCGGAGAAGCCUUAUUGUAACUUCUCAAAGCUCAAACACAUUUUUAGUUAAACUAGCUUUGGUGUAGCAAUGGAAUUUUUGGGAGGUGUCUAAAAUGUUUGCGAUAAAAUGUCUAAUCUUUGCGAUUAAAAUGUUUAUUCCCACUGCUGUUGUAAAGUACAACAAUCUUUGUAUAAGUUAUAGGUUAUAAUUUAAAAAAAGACUUGUGGAAAGAAUUGCACUGAACUCUGUACAGGUGAUGCUGCUUUUGUAGGUCCAUCCAAAACAAUGAUAUACAUGCAGAGUGCUGCAAUAAUAUUUUUAAAGGAUGAAUUCAUUUGGUUUUGUGGUACUGUUCUAACAUAGUGCUUUGUGUAAAUAUGUUUGUAGGUUAAGCAAUCCCUUGUAUAGGUAGGCAUCAUAAAUCUUUGGUUCUGGCAGAACUUAAGCAUGUAUAUUUUACCAAAACCCAUGUAUUUUUUGAAUUUUUUAUGUAUUGUAAAUGUAAAAUUUCUUGAAGUUUGUUUUAUUUUGUUUUUGCAUACACAAAGUAUUCAAUGUCAAAGCAACUCUGCAAAACAAAAUGGUGCUUGGGAGAGCCUGAUGAAUCGUCAAGCUGAUGCAUCUAGACACACAGAACUGACAGCUAUGUAAAUUAAAAUCGACCAGGUUAAUCAGAGCACCACCAUGUUCAUCCCAACAAAAUUCACUUCAAAUAAGUUAUGCCGUGAAAAGCAUUGAUAGUUUAACCAUUUAAUUGAAAAUUCUGUUCCCAGAUAGUUAUAUGAUUAUCAUCCUUACUUAUUCUUUAAAGGUUGAAUAAACUUUACUAACUGGACAGUCUUUAGUAGCCAGGUCUCACUUAGUGAUUCACCAAGAAGCUUUUCUUCUGCCAGGGAUGCUUUUCCUACAAUUUAGGCAUAAAAUAAUGUGAUGAGUGUUUAGAUGCCUGAAAAUAAUUCAUUUCUUGAGAGUCUGUCAUACUGAUAACUGUGUAUAGAAACUCUGUUUACACAAAGAAAUCAAACCUGUUUUUUUACAAUAUGAUCCAUUUAAAUUUACUUACCAUUUUCCGGGUAAGUAUCUGGUGGAUUAAUUUAGUUUGAAUUUCAGAUUGUUAUAUUUGUGGUUGACACAAUAUAAACUUCAUAUGCUGCCUUUCUUUCAAAAUGCUGAGAAAAAUAAAUUGAAUUGAUGCUAACUUCAAAUUUGGAAAUUCUAAUUUAUCAAUCUAAGGAUGACGAAUUAAUUGCAUUUGGAUGAGAUUGGAGGUAUGGGAUAAAUUCAGCGUUUAAAUUCUCAACCAGUAAAGACAAUUUUCAAAGCAGAUUAUUUAAAAAAAGACUAAAUAAUUGUACUAAAUGUAGUAAUAAAAAUGCAGUAUUAAAGGCCCUGGUAUGUAUGAGAGUACUAGGAAAUUUGCAUAGCAAUGUCUUGUAUAGAUUUGCUUGGCAUAGUUACCAGUCAGAGCAUUAUGGAGCUUGCAAGCCAUUAUCUGUAAAAACAAAUAUUUGUGUCAUUGAAAAAGAGACACAGAUCUACUUUAUUUGCCAUUUUCCUUUUGUAAAAUGAGCUUCCAAUCAUCAGUUUUAUAAAAUAGGUUAUUUGGAUUUAUCAUUUGUUUAUUGUAGGGAUCAACCCAGUUUUUCUCUGAAGAUCAUAAGGCUGAGUUCUAAUUUUACAAUUACUAUUUCAGUCUUUGAGCUGACUAUUAAUCAUGGUAUAUACAUGCGUUUAAUAAGGACUGCAUUUCUUUUGAUGACACGUUUUCCUGUAUUGUCAGUUCUGUUUGAUCUUGAGCUUCUUGAUUCCAUUUGGUAUCCUAAACAUCCACACCUUGCAAAGCAGCCAAGCAUCCAUCUGUUUCAAAAUCUGUUAUAUAACAAAACUAGAAAGAAAUGUAACUAGCUUAUUGCAUAUUUUAUUUAACUUUCAGUCACAAGAACAUGCAGAAUAUUACUGUACAAUAGGAGAAAAACUUUAUAACAAUAAAGUAUGGAUAAUUUGUGAA